AUGCCCCCUAAAGCCAAGGCAGCAGGGAAGGGCAGAGGACCAGAAAAGAGGAAGCUUGCCGAGGAGUUCCCGCCUGGAGAAGUACUUACAGAUACUGGCAAGAAGUCCUGGAAACUGGGAGCCCCCAUUGGACAGGGCGGCUUCGGACUGCUUUAUUUAGGUAAGAGAGGCAUGGCAACAUGGGUUAUAAAACACAUCUAGGCUAGUUCAUUGAUUAUUGAUUGGGAAUUCCUAAUCCGCUGACCUCAGAAGAUCAGGAAUACUACUGUAUGUCUUGCAUAUGUAUUAUCAGCCCUUUCCCUUUCAAACUAUAGGAUAGUCUGAGGUCUGUUAUUGUUUUACAGCCGAUGAGCAUUCAUCUAAAACAGUUGGUGCUGGUGCCCCAUAUGUCAUCAAAGUGGUAAGACAACUCUGGCUUGAUAACACAUGCCUUUGUAUAUAAUUGCCUGAUUGGCCUCAGUUCUAUCUCAUGCCUGUACAAGCAAGACAAAGGAGAUAUUUAGCAUCCUUACUCUAUGCCUGUACAGUUCAUGACAAUAUACUCAAGUGUUCCGUUCAAUCUGACUACCCUGCAUGACUCCAGGCCUACCUAUGAUGCAUAGUGUUUCCAGGAUGAGUAUACAGUGAGGGAAAAAAGUGUUUGAUCCCCUGCUGAUUUUGUACGUUUGCCCACUGACAAAGAAAUGAUCAGUCUAUAAUUUUAAUGGUAGGUUUAUUUGAACAGUGAGAGACAGAAUAACAACAAAAAAUUCCAGAAAAACGCAUGUCAAAAAUGUUAUAAAUUGAUUUGCAUUUUAAUGAGGGAAAUAAGUAUUUGACCCCCUCUCAAUCAGAAAGAUUUCUGGCUCCCAGGUGUCUUUUAUACAGGUAACGAGCUGAGAUUAGGAGCACACUCUUAAAGGGAGUGUCCACUCUGUCCACAGAAGCAAUCAAUCAAUCAGAUUCCAAACUCUCCACCAUGGCCAAGACCAAAGAGCUUUCCUAGGAUGUCAGGGACAAGAUUGUAGACCUACACAAGGCUGGAAUGGGCUACAAGACCAUCGCCAAGCAGCUUGGUGAGAAGGUGACAACAGUUGGUGCGAUUAUUCGCAAAUGGAAGAAACACAAAAGACCCUCGGCCUGGGGCUCCAUGCAAGAUCUCACCUCGUGGAGUUGCAAUGAUCAUGUGAACGGUGAGGAAUCAGCCCAGAACUACACGGGAGGAUAUUGUCAAUGAUCUCAAGGCAGCUGGGACCAUAGUCACCAAGAAAACAAUUGGUAACACACUACGCCGUGAAGGACUGAAAUCCUGCAGCGCCCGCAAGGUCCCCCUGCUCAAGAAAGCACAUAUACAUGCCCGUCUGAAGUUUGCCAAUGAACAUCUGAAUGAUUCAGAGUAGAACUGGGUGAAGUGUUGUGGUCAGAUGAGACCAAAAUGGAGCUCUUUGGCAUUACCUCAACUCGCCUUGUUUGAAGGAGGAGGAAUACUGCCUAUGACCCCAAGAACACCAUCCCCACCGUCAAACAUGGAGGAGGAAACAUUAUGCUUUGGGGGUGUUUUUCUGCUAAGGGGACAGGACAACUUCACCGCAUCAAAGGAACGAUGGACGGGGCCAUGUACCGUCAAAUCUUGGGUGAGAACCUCCUUCCCUCAGCCAGGGCAUUGAAAAUGGUUCGUGGAUGGGUAUUCCAGCAUGACAAUGACCCAAAACACACGGCCAAGGUAACAAAGGAGUGGCUCAAGAAGAAGCACAUUAAGGUCCUGGAGUGGCCUAGCCAGUCUCCAGACCUUAAUCCCAUAGAAAAUCUGUGGAGGGAGCUGAAGGUUCGAGUUGCCAAACGUCAGCCUCGAAACCCUAAUGACUUGGAGAAGAUCUGCAAAGAGGAGUGGGACAAAAUCCCUCCUGAGAUGUGUGCAAACCUGGUGGCCAACUACAAGAAACGUCUGACCUCUGUGAUUGCCAACAAGGGUUUUGCCACCAAGUACUAAGUAAUGUUUUGCAGAGGGGUCAAAUACUUAUUUCCCUCAUUAAAAUGCAAAUCAAUUUAUAACAUUUUUGACAUGCGUUUUUCUGGAUUUUGUUGUUGUUAUUCUGUCUCUCACUGUUCAAAUAAACCUACCAUUAAAAUGAUAGACUGAUCAUUUCUUUGUCGGUGGGCAAACGUACAAAAUCAGCAGGGGAUCAAAUACUUUUUUCCCUCACUGUAACUGUGAUCUUAUGCUCCUGAUUAUGUCAUAAACUUGACAUAAAACUGUACUGUUUGGUCAACUGUCCUCUGUUUUUUUUUUCGUAAUCUAGGAGCCCAGUGACAACGGACCACUGUUCUCAGAGCUCAAGUUCUACAUGCGAGCUGCCAAGCCGGAUCUAAGUAUGCAUACCACAUACCACUCCCUCCCUCAUGAUCGCACACCCACACACACACACGGUCCCUUAACACUGGAACAAACAAACACGAAUAGUGAAAUGAACAACUUUCUUAAUUAAAGAAGUAAAGUUGUAGGGCCGUGUAGUGAGGGCCUCUCUCUCCAACAUGGUGCCUUUGGCUCCUGUGUUCGCCCCAAGGCCACAACUUUGCAUUUUAUAUCAUAACAAUCCAAAUGUCAAUCUCCCCUGACAAUUAACUGUUAUAUUACUAAGGAACGAAGGCUCAUAUUUUAUUCAUGGUAUAUGGUGGUGUCUGUUGGUAAAUAUUUGUCCCAGUAGCAGAUUAGCUUGUGGCCGCCUCUGGCUUGCCCCCAUGGGAUUACCCUGCUUUUAUUACUUUGAGCACCACCACCAAGUUUUAGGAAGUGUGUUUAGAAGCAUUUGUUUGAAGGCUGUAUAGUACUAUCUUGAUUUGCCUUACUGUUAUUUUUCACUUGCAGUCAUAUAGUUUAACCCGUAACAAGUGACUGUCUUUUAGCAUGUUGUAAUUUUUUGUUAGGCUUGUCUUUUGCUGUUUUUCAUAUGUAGUAUGGCUUAUAUAGUUGCACUGCUCAUUAUUCCAUAAAGGUUAUUGUUCUACCCUUUUUUGUAUUGUAGUUCAGAGUUGGAUGAAGUCUCAUAAAAUGAAGUAUUUGGGAGUGCCAAAGUACUGGGGGUCCGGACUGCAUGAGAAAGGAGGGAAAAGGUAUUUAGUAGUGCCUCUUUUAAACCUGGUUCUUUCAAUACUUUGAUGGCAGUCUCAUUUAAAUACCUUUGAACUAGUGUUACACAGUAUACCGAAACCGUAGUACUUUUUCAAUACUAUAACAUGAAAAACGGUUUGGUACUAGAAUUUGUUACUUUCUGUACUUUUGUCAAAUGUGUCUCACGUCAUCUACUGAUCGAGAGAGGAUCAAGUAUGUCUAUCAGCGCAGCCGAUGUCCACUUAUAGCACUAGCAAUCCGUGCCUGCUCCACUUACUCAUUGCUGGCUCUACCCUGUCCUCAAAAUAUUGCUGAUUUCAAAGCAGAUUGUCACCAAAAACUUUAUUCAUUCACUUCAUCUCCCCAACCUCACUUCUCUCCCAGUCAAGAUCAUCUUUGUUCGAGCCUCGAACUGUGUGUGAAUGACAUCAUGGGUCUUAAAGAGACAGCACACACUUUUAUAAAAUAAGAUAUUGCUUCUUUUAUGCAAAUGUUGUUGAUCAGUACAAUAAAAUAAGUCCCAAAUGGAACGGAAAUAUUGUUUUACAUCUGUAGGCCCAUGAAAUCAGUCCAAAACAAGCUCAAUAACUCAAUGCACGCACACACUCCUAUUUAAUAUGCAUUCACCUGUAUUGUGAAUAGGCCUAGGCUACAUCUUGAUUUACCCAGUUAAUCAAUAGACUACAGAUUUACCAUUCAAAUAAAUGAUUACCAUUAUGUUAUAUACUUAGAUUUGUAUUUUUUUACUAAGUCAAAUUGAUUGUAUGAUUGUGUCAUUGAUUCAUUAAUGCAUACAUUCAAACAUUUUAAAUGUAAUGAUAUUAAGCUCAAAAAAUAUGUCUGGAUCAAGUGCCAUUCUGUGACUUUGGCAUAUACGCUUUCUUGAUUCUCCAUGGUGUCAUUUUGGUAUUGAGUAUCGUGAUAGUAUCUAGUAUUGGUAUACUAAACCUGGUAUCGAAGUAAAACUUCUGGUAUCAUGACAACACUGCUUUGAACCAACAUAGCAGUUGGCAUACUUUACAGACACCCAUAAAGUUAUGCAUUUAUGAAUGUCUAACCAACCUCCUACUUCUCCAGCUACAAAGAAAGUGAUGUUGAUUGAUUAACAUAUGCGAUUGUGUGCAUCCCAAUUGGCACUCUAUUGCCUUUAUAGUGCAUUACUGUUGACCAGGGGCCAUAGGGUGCCAUAGAAGUAGUGCACCAAAUAGGGUGCCAUGGGCCCAGGUCAAAAGUAGUGCGCUAUAGGAAUAGGGUGCCAUUUGGGAUGCACCCUGAAUCUGUUUCCCUCUGCUUCCUCCCCUCCCAGGUACAGGUUCAUGGUGAUGGACCGGUUUGGGACAGACCUGCAGAAGAAGUUUGAGGAGAGUGGGAGGAGGUUCCCCCGAAAACUGGUCCUGCAGCUCGGUCUGAGACUCGUGAGUUUACUCAUCAUAACUGCCGAAAGAUAAUAGAGCCAAGAAAACAUCAACUUAAGCAUUGAUUUAUUUCAUUCACGCUAUAAAAAAUGUUGGCUGUUUAUUUCAUUGACUAUAUCUUUAGUGUUGUGUUAAGAAUAUUCUAGCUCAUUUUGUUUGCCGAUGCAUUACUAUCUCAGUAAAUAAUAUGUUUCAUAUUUACAGUGGGGAGAAAAAGUAUUUAGUCAGCCACCAAUUGUGCAAGUUCUCCCACUUAAAAAGAUGAGAGGCCUGUAAUUUUCAUCAUAGGUACACGUCAACUAUGACAGACAAAAUGAGAAAAUAAAAUCCAGAAAAUCACAUUGUAGGAUUUUUACUGAAUUUAUUUGCAAAUUAUGGUGGAAAAUAAGUAUUUGGUCAAUAACAAAAGUUUCUCAAUACUUUGUUAUAUACCCGUUGUUGGCAAUGACACAGGUCAAACGGGGGGUAUGAAAAAAUAUAUAUAUGUAUGCACUCAUUAACUGUAAGUCGCUCUGGAUAAGAGCGUCUGCUAAAUGACUAAAAUGUAAAAUGUAAAUGUAAACGUUUUCUGUAAGUCUUCACAAGGUUUUCACACACUGUUGCUGGUAUUUUGGCCCAUUCCUCCAUGCAGAUCUCCUCUAGAGCAGUGAUGUUUUGGGGCUGUCGCUAGGCAACACGGACUUUCAACUCCCUCCAAAGAUUUUCUAUGGGGUUGAGAUCUGGAGACUGGCUAGGCCACUCCAGGACCUUGAAAUGCUUCUUACGAAGCCACUCCUUCGUUGCCCGGGCGGUGUGUUUGGGAUCAUUGUCAUGCUGAAAGACCCAGCCACGUUUCAUCUUCAAUGCCCUUGCUGAUGGAAGGAGGUUUUCACUCAAAAUCUCACGAUACAUGGCCCCAUUCAUUCUUUCCUUUACACGGAUCAGUCGUCCUGGUCCCUUUGCAGAAAAACAGCCCCAAAGCAUGAUGUUUCCACCCCCAUGCUUCACAGUAGGUAUGGUGUUCUUUGGAUGCAACUCAGCAUUCUUUGUCCUCCAAACACGACGAGUUGAGUUUUUACCAAAAAGUUCUAUUUUGGUUUCAUCUGACCAUAUGACAUUCUCCCAAUCCUCUUCUGGAUCACCAAAUGCACUCUAGCAAACUUCAGACGGGCCUGGACAUGUACUGGCUUAAGCAGGGGGACACGUCUGGCACUGCAGGAUUUGAGUCCCUGGCGGCGUAGUGUGUUACUGAUGGUAGGCUUUGUUACUUUGGUUCCAGCUCUCUGCAGGUCAUUCACUAGGUCCCCCCGUGUGGUUCUGGGAUUUUUGCUCACCAUUCUUGUGAUCAUUUUGACCCCACGGGGUGAGAUCUUGCGUGGAGCCCCAGAUCGAGGGAGAUUAUCAGUGGUCUUGUAUGUCUUCCAUUUCCUAAUAAUUGCUCCCACAGUUGAUUUCUUCAAACCAAGCUGCUUACCUAUUGCAGAUUCAGUCUUCCCAGCCUGGUGCAGGUCUACAAUUUUGUUUAUGGUGUCCUUUGACAGCUCUUUGGUCUUGGCCAUAGUGGAGUUUGGAGUGUGACUGUUUGAGGUUGUGGACAGGUGUCUUUUAUACUGAUAACAAGUUCAAACAGGUGCCAUUAAUACAGGUAACGAGUGGAGGACAGAGGAGCCUCUUAAAGAAGAAGUUACAGGUCUGUGAGAGCCAGAAAUCUUGCUUGUUUGUAGGUGACCAAAUACUUAUUUUCCACCAUAAUUUGCAAAUAAAUUCAUUAAAAAUCCUACAAUGUGAUUUUCUGGAAAAAAAAUUCUCAAUUUGUCUGUCAUAGUUGACGUGUACCUAUGAUGAAAAUUACAGGCCUCUCUCAUCUUUUUAAGUGGGAGAACUUGCACAAUUGGUGGCUGACUAAAUACUUUUUUCCCCCACUGUAUAUGUUGACUUUUCUUCUCCCCUCUCUUCUGUAGCUUGACAUUCUGGAGUACAUCCAUGAGCAUGAGUAUGUUCACGCUGACAUCAAAGCCUCCAACCUCCUCCUCAGCCACAACAACCCCAAUCAGGUCAGUGGCUGUCCCACCUGUCUGCCAUUCACUCUGCAUUGACUGGGCACAUAGGCCUAUAAGGGCACAUUUUUGGUCUAGCCCAGUGCUAACACAGCUGAUUAAGCUAAUUAUUAAGCCAGGGCUUGAUGUUAAGUUUAGUUAAAUCAGGUGUGUUAGUACCCCGGAAAUGGAUUGGGAAACACUUAUGUAGUGGAGCUUUUAGUCCUGAUAUGGCUCACAAACACGGUACACUAUAUUAUAGGGCUAUGUAGCCUAGCUAGCUUUGUGUGUAGUGGAUUACAGUUUAAGAGGGGAAGCCUAUUUCUCAGUCUGGGUACGAUUUCAAAUUAUUGUCUCUACCUCUUCAAGUGAAGUAAUUCCUUUGACCCGAUAUGUAGCUAAAUUGAAAAAAAACAUUGGAUAUAUUUAUUUAUUUGAUUAUGCUCCUGCCACUGGUUCAUUAGAUUCAAUUAAACAUAUGAGAGAGAGAGGAGGGUGAUGGGGGGGGUUCUUUAUUCUUCCUCUAAACAGGGGAGAGAUUAGAUGACGGCUAAGAUCUCUUUCAAGCAAACAAGGUGGGGGCAGGGGCAAAUAUUUAAUUUAGAGAUUAAUAAUGUAUCCGUGGUGUGUUAUUAAAGUGCUAUUUUUAAACGACAAUUUAGAAAGGGGCCCCUUGGGAGUCUCAGGGUUAGCUCUCUCUCAAUCUGCCUUCUCCCCCCAUCCCUGCAGUUAUUGGAAACAUUUGUUUGACUUUCUGGGAGCUGAUGAUUUGAGCAACGAGGCAGCCACCUACUGUACUGUAGCCAUGACUUGUAUUGUAUGCUUUGUUGUAGGGAUGUGACGAUUCACCGAUACGCAUUGAUCCCAUCGGUCCGCGGACCCCAAACCUAUCCAAAUGUAGCAUGCAUCGGUCAGAAAAUCCAUUAAAACUUUACAAAUAGCGGGGUUCACAAUUAUUUUGUUGUUGCUCAUAUUGCGUUCUUUCUACCUUCCGAAAAUACCGCUAAUAUUUUGUGACAACUGCAUGUAACUGUGUUGACUGUCAAUGAUCUACAAGUAAUUUUGCAUGCGUGCCGAACAUCCCCAGGCAAUAUCAAUAACCUAGUCAAACUGCGCACUGCCCAGUUUUGCACGCUGACCAACGCGAGGUAGGCGGCCUGUUCCUGAUCUUGCACGUCUGCGUGGCACCAUCAGCAUUCACGUGCUAAAAUGACUUGCCUGAUAUUAGGCUUUAUUAGUUGAGUGACAAUCAAUGUAAUUUGCUAGGUUAUUGUUAUCUGUCUUUUGUAAAAACUUCAGAACUGUCGAAACCAUUUGAUUUUGAGAUGGGGUGAAAUCCAAAAUUGUGCUAUAAAUUAAUUGGCAAUGUCAUGGCUAAUUUGUAAACAAUAAAUAUUGAUACAUUACUGUCUUAAACACUUAAUCUGCCAAAAUGACAACUUCAUUAGUGGGUGAGGGUUAUUUCAGAACCAAAGUGGAGAGACAAAAAACUGGCUACAUUGUCCCCCCCAUCUAAUCUGAUAGUUGGGUGGUAGAUGCCUAGUCUCCCUUAUGGCUCAUCUCAGUUGACUCAGAAGUUGUCUUAGACAGAUCCAGCUCAGAGUGGCCCAGCUGAUGAGCUCCAUCAGCAGCAGAUUUAAAUUUAGAAUGGGAAAUGAAUAUGUUUAUGCAACAAAUGUUAGUGCAUCAUAUCACAUUAAACCGAAUCGCAUCAAAUCAUUUCAAACUACUGUAUAACGUGUCGUUCCUGUAUCGGAGCCAAUGUAUCUAGAUACGUAUGGAAUCGUAUUGAAAGGGAAAGAUCCCUAUUUUAUUCUUAUAGUCCAGGUAAUACUGUAUGUGAAUUUCCCCCCCCACUUUUUUUUUUAUAAAAGCAUGAAACUUGCUACACAUGUACAGUUUAUUAGUAAUAUACUAGUUAUAGGCCACAUGUUAUGUCUACUCCUUAGGUUGGAUAUGUGUCAGUGUGUGUGCAUGCAUGAAUUUGUCUGUUUUGUUUGCAAACCUAUAGGUUUAUUUAGUAGAUUAUGGGCUGGCCUAUAGGUACUCUCCUGAAGGCAUACUGAAGGAGUACAAGGAGGACCCUAAGAGGUGCCACGACGGGACCAUCGAGUUCACCAGCAUCGACGCACACAAAGGAGUCUGUAAGUACAGCACACCUCACCUCUGACUGAGCCAAGCCAGGAGAACGUUCAUUUGGGAGCAAAUGGGGGGUGGAAAUGGUUUGAAACCGAAAAUGUAAUUAUUGGAAUUAUUUGUCUGGUCAAGUGUCUAAAAAGAGUUCACUUGCUUGUAUCAACACCACCUAGCUACCAGCAGUUAAGGUGUAUAUAACCUGCCGUUCAGACCUAGCUACCAGCAACCAGUCAUUUUCGAUGGGAGGAGGAAAUGCAAAGACACUAAAUGUUUGUCGAGCUAGCGAGCGGCGUUGAAAAAUUCCCACGUUUAUGCACAUUUCUGCUAUGCAACCUUGCGACAGCCAAUUGGGGUGGGCUGCUCUCACAAUCAUGCUUUGACAUUGGCUAACAACAAAACUGCUGAAAUGCACACCUACGCGGGCAGAUUUCAACGUCUUGAUCGCUGAUUAUGUCAGCAAGUGUAAGUCCAGAGUUUGGUGUCUAUUGGUCAACUCAACUGUGGGGAAAAUGUUGUUGUAUGUCUACAGCACCCUGUAGAAGGAGUGAUCUGGAGAUCCUGGGGUACUGUAUGGUCCAGUGGCUCUGUACUAAAUUGCCCUGGGAAGACAAGCUGCAGGACCCUCUCUACGUCAGAGACUCAAAACUACAGUAAGUCGCUCUGGAUAAGAGCGUCUGCUAAAUGACGUAAAUGUCACCCACGUACACUACCGGUCAAAAGUUUUAUAACACCUACUCAUUCAAGGGUUUUUCAUUAUUCUACAUUGUAGAAUAAUAGUGAAGACAUCAAAACUAUGAAAUAACACAUAUGGAAUCAUGUAGUAACCAAAAAAGUGUUAAACAAAUCAAAAUAUAUUUGAGAUUCCUCAAAUAGCCACCCUUUGCCUUGAUGACAGCUCUGCACACUCUUGGCAUUCUCUCAACCAGCUUCACCUGGAAUGCUUUUCCAACAGUCUCUUGAAGGAGUUCCCACAUAUGCUGAGCACUUGUUGGCUGCUUUUCCUUCACUCUGCGGUCCGACUCAUCCCAAACCAUCUCAAUUUGGUUGAGGUCGGGGGAUUGUGGAGGCCAGGUCAUCUGAUGCAGCAAUCCACCACUCUCCUUCUUGGUAAAAUAGCCCUUACACAACCUGGAGGUGUGUUGGGUCAUUGUCCUGUUGAAAAACAAAUGAUAGUCCCACUAAUCCCAAACCAGAUGCGAUGGCGUAUCGCUGCAGAAUGCUGUGGUAGCCAUGCUGGUUAAGUGUGCCUUGAAUUCUAAAUAAAUCACAGACAGUGUCACCAGCAAAGCACCCCCACACCACAACACCACCUCCUCCAUUGUUUACGGUGGAAAUACACAUGCAGAGAUCAUCCGUUCACCCACACUGUGUCUCACAAAGAGACGUGUUAUUAUUAUUGAGAUGUGUCUGUUACUUGAACUCUGUGAAGCAUUUUUUUGGGCUGCAAUUUCUGAGGCUGGUAACGCUAAUGAACUUAUCCUCUGCAGCAGAGGUAAAUCUGGGUCUUUCAUUCCUGUGGUGGUCAUCAUUAGAGCCAGUUUCAUCAUAGCACUUCAUGGUUUUUGCGACUGCACUUGAAGAAACUUUCAAAGUUCUUGAAAUGUUCUGUAUUGACUGACCUUCAUGUCUUAAAGUAAUGAUGGACUGUCGUUUCUCUUUGCUUAUUUGAGCUGUUCUUGCCAUAAAAUGGACUUGGUCUUUUACCAAUUAGGGCUAUCUUCUGUAUACCAACCCUAUCUUGUCACAACACAACUGAUUGGCUCAAACGCAUUAAGAAGGAAAGCAAUUCCACAAAUUAACUUUUAAGAAAGCACACCUGUUAAUUGAAAUGCAUUCCAGGUGACUACCUCAUGAAGCUGGUUGAGAGAAUGCCAGGAGUGUGCAAAGAUGUCAUCAAGGCAAAGGGUGGCUGCUUUGAAGAAUCUCAAAUAUGAAAUAUAUUUUGAUUUAUUUAACACUUUUUUGGUUACUUACAUGAUUCCAUAUGUGUUAUUUCGUAGUUUUGAUGUCUUCACUAUUAUUCUACAAUGUAAAAAAUUAAGAAAAACCCUUGAAUGAGUAGGUGUUCUAAAACUUUUGACCGGUUGUGUACCUGCAUGUGCAAAACACACGAACAGUUCUAACUAUUUUUUCCAUUACAGAUGCAGAGAUAACGUCUCAGAGUUCAUGUCUAAGUGUUUCUCCUCACAAGACAAGCCAGGUGGGGAUCUUUUCACUUCUUUUUAUGUUGGACUCGUCCCUUGUAUCAGUUUCCUUUUUGUGUGGAUGUUGAAGUCCAUAUUGCAGUGGAGACUUGCCAGUUACGUCAUUAUUGCUAGCUGAACUGGCUGACUCUCUGUGGUCCUUGAGAACACCUGUGUUGUGAGUUCAGCCCUCUACAUUACAUCCCGUGCCUCUGCUCCAUUCACAGCCCCAACCAGCCCUAAUUGAACUGAAGCACUUCUUCAUCACACGCGCACACACACACAGCGGAGAGGAGAGUGGCUGUUCACUCUAUAAUAAUGGGACCGGCUGAUUCCCUCAUAAUGAGUGCUAAUUCAUUAGCACCACCGCUAAUUCUCCGACCGCAACAAAACUUUCCACUUUAACUUUGUUGUGAAGCCGUGAACUUACAUAUGUGAUGAGUGCAUUAGUGUGAAGCAUAGGUGAGAGUCAGUAUGGGGGACGGCUAGAGUGUUUGCUAGCCGUUUGGAGUGAAAACACUUCAAAUAUGUUGUAGAAACUUUUUGAGGGUUUGUUAAAUAUCUAUGUUUUUAUUUUUGAACGAUUUGUGGGCCGUUCGUAUGGUAUAGAGGCCUGUAGAUUUAAUUUGGCUCUACAUAUCGUUCAACUUAGAAUAUGGACCAUUGGGCCUAGUCGGCAAGACCACUUCGAUCUGAAGUAGGAACAUGUCCAAUGCAGCCGUUUUUAUCUCAAUAUCAAAUAAUUUCUGGGUAACAAUUAAGUGCUUUACUAUGAUUGUUUUCAAUUGUGGUCAAAAAGAAGAAGAAAAUAGCUUCUUAGCUAAGAGCAAUUUCUCAAGCAAGACUUUUGCUAGGACUGUCUGGGAGUGGUCUGAGUGGGGAGGGGAAAACUGAAAAGUAGCUGUUAUUGGCAGAGAGGUUUGGAACUCUUUCUUAUUGGUCUAUUAACUAAUUUACUACCUGGUGAUGUCACCAGGCAGGCCAAAACCCCAUCCCACCAAAACAGGCUGACAUUUCAGGCGGUCUUACACUAAAAUAGCAUUAUCAUCAUUUUCACAAUUUCACAGUAUUAUUCCAACUUCAUAGUGUGGAAACAAAGGGAAAUCAUGUUUUUGACUGCACUGGGCCUUUAACAAACUUUGACUUGGGGAGUUUAACUAUUCCUUUAAUCCAGAGCCUGAAGACAGAGCCUUGCCUCCCCCCUCCUCUCUGCCUCCUCUUGUCGGCCUCCUCUCCUCUGAUCCCUAUGUGGCAGCGCCCGCUCUGUGCGCUUUGUGGCAGCCGUGUGACAGAAGGAGAGAUUUCUCCGCGGGCUGUUGUCUUGUGCGUACAGCAACACACAACGCAUCACAACAGCACAGAGAGAGAGGUGACUGUAGUGGAGCCGUCAUGGUUCUGUUGUGUCCGCCAUCAUCACUAAUUCUGUUUGGUGUGACUUAUUUUAGCUAGCGCCCAGACGGUAAACAACAGUUUGGGAGCGACGGAGCAGAAGGAAGAGGGGCUGACGCACCGUGCCACUUCCUCUCCUCCUCACUCUCUCUCUUGACUUAGCCCCAAGGUCAAAGUGCCAGUGCCGGCUGUAUUAGCAGAGAAGAAAGGAAUGAGAGUAGAGAAGGAGUGUAACAGGAAGGAAGUGUGGUAACUAACACCUAGAUAACAACCGUUCAGAGCGUCAGUUUUUUAGUUUAUCGUCAGUGAGGGUUGUGAAUUGUUGAUUUGACUUAGUUUGUCUAUUUUUGGUUCAAUAUGGUACUUUGUUUCUUCUCUGUAUUGGAUGACUGUGUUUUUAUCACAAUGUUGUUGGAGCAGCUUGGAAAAAGGUAGAAAUGCAUAUGGAUGCUCAUUGCCUCAUACUAUUUUCUACUGUCUACUACAUUGAACUGUAGAAAUGUAACUACUCUGCAGCUAGCUGCCUUGAAUUGUAGAUACGACUCACUUAAAAUGUAUUCUUGAAUCUCAAUGUGACCCUCCCAGUAGAUAUUACUGUAAAUAGAACAUCUAUAUCAAACUUUUUUUAUUUCUAUACUUGAGAUAGUGCUGCUUUGACCAGCAUCCCUUGAGGAAGGCAGCAGCCGAAACGCCCGGGCUGGCUUAACUAUUGAGUUCAAUAAAUGUUAUUAAUAUCAAACUUGUAUUUUCAUGGUGUGCACCCUGUCUCUACUAUUGAUCUUCAUUCAUACUUUUUUGGUUAAGCACCGCAGCUCAUAUACAACUUUAUUUUCAUUCUUUGCUUGGUGCGGGGACUCCUGACCUAAAAUAUAAGGCUCAAAUCUAAAUUCCCCAUAUCUAUUAUUUUCUCUCCUUUUUUAGAUGAACUUCAGAAGUUUAUGGAGGAAGUGAAGACUCUAAGCUACACAGACAAGCCGGCCUAUCAGAAGCUCCGGUCCAUUCUGGAGGCGGGGCUUAAGUCAAUAGGCGCCAAAGAUGACGACAAGCUGGAGUUCUCAUCGGUCAACGGCAAUGGAGCCAGGCCAUUGUCCUCUGCCAAGGUCGGUACACACACAGCCCAGCACAUUACGAGACACACAUGUUGCUGUGCGGUCAUGGUAGCCUCAGCGUUUAAAACCUGGCACGCUCCAGACCUGUUUGAAGCCCGGCCUUUCAAACAGAGCCCAUUUUAACCACCCCUAAUGUGUUUACCUGUUGAAAGCCAUUUGAAAUGUAAGAAUGCCCGAGCACGAUCCCAGACUAAUUGUGCAGGUUAGUGUGAAUGGCUGCCAAGUGCAUUGAUUUUCAAAUACAAUUAAGGUGUGAUGCUUUUAACAGAUGUGCCUUGACCGCUGCUUAUUGACGUUUUUACCCCCAAAACACACACAGCCUUCACGUUUACUGAUCAAAGCCAUUUCUACAUUACACUGGCUUACACACAGGGUUUCCUCCAACCAUCUCAAAAGCCUUUUUCUCACAAUUCCCUCCUCUUUCAUGGCCUCUCUCCAUCUUACCUUUCUCCUCCUCUCUUCCUUCCUCUCCUCUCUACCUCUCUCCUCCCUCCUCUCCUUCAUCCUUCUUCUCUGACAUGUCUGAGUACCUGUGUUUAUCCCUCGCUAAUGUAUCACAAAUUUGCUGACACGGUAACCUUGGAUUCGGCGCGGCCCCGCAAUCAGCGCACCGCUCUCAUGGCAGGGGGUGGUCUCAUCCCUCUCUUCCCCUCUCCCUUCAGCCCCUCUUCCUCCACCCGCCUCGCACUACCCAAGAUGCCGUUUGCAUAUGGAAGGUGCCACCGGGGAGCUGGCCCAUGCCAGUUGAGGGGUACCUGCCCACUGCCGUUAUUGUAUGUAAUUAUCCAGCCAAUCUGUUCAGCUCAGCAGGGUCUGCUGGUAAUCAUGAGGUAGCAAUUGGCAAAAUGGAAGAAUGGGGGGGGGGGGGGGUGAGUGAUAGUUCAAGUCCGAGAGAGGGGCGAGCGUUCAUUACACAGUCUGAGAGAUGGAGGAAGGGAGUAGGGAAGGACGGAGCGAUAGGGGAUUUGAUUGCUGUUAUUAAGUGCAUCUUUCUCGUCGCCUCGUUCUGAUCUGGUAUGAAGUUAUUAUCUCGUUUUAGUCUUUAAUCUGUAUAAGGGGAAAGAAAUAAAGUCAUAGUUUAUGAAAAUGGUACAAAAGGGAUCACCUUACUAAGUACCGAUACAACUCUGCUUUGUCAGUUACUAAACCAUCAAAUCUCAACUUUGACACCGAAGACAGUUCCAGAUGUCUUAAACGAUGACCCCAGAAACAGAAUUAGCCCUGACCAUUGUUGUUAUUUAGAUAGUCAAGGUCAUGGAACCAUAAUUUAAUUUGUACUUUGAAUGGAUUAUUCCUGUAUAAGGUUUUCUUACUCUGCGAGAUGAGUGAUAAUUGCAUUUGCUCAGAUGUCACACAGGCGUUCACAAGGCUCCGGGCAGAUGUAAACAUUCGGUCGUCGUGUACCCAAGCAGAGUUUCUCAUUGCAUAUUUGAUUUCGGCCCCCUCCAAGGUUGCUGCAAGCGGCCCGGGAGAUUUGACCACUGUUUCUCUGUCUGUCUGUCUGUCUCUCUGUCUGUCUCUCUGUCUGUCUCUGUCUCUGUCUCUCAGCACUUGUUCUCAUCCCUCCUUUCUUUCCCUCUCCUCACAGAAGACUACCAAAAGAAAGAAAGCGGUAGAUUAUAAAGAUGAGUCUAAUGACGAGACCGACGGCACUCCCGCCAAGAAAAUAAAAGCUCCAAAGAAGAAAGGUAAGAAUUUCCUCUCCUUUUUCCUCUCCUCAGGUUAAAUCUCACUGUUUUCAAAUUGUAAUCUUCUCCCUACAGAGGUGAAUGGAGUGAAAAGGGUAGUCAGCCCCAAGAAGAAAGUGACCCUUAAAAAGAGUGCUGUUAGCCCCAAGAAGACACUGGUGGAGAUGGGUACUCAGACCACUCCUGGCCUGAAGAGAGGCAGAGGCAGACCCAAGAAAAAGGCAGACCCAGUACAAUCAGAAUGAGUUGUACUUCUCAUUCUGUGUUCCAGCCACCCUUGCUCACCUUCCUCACACUGUCUGCUUUUCAAGUGGAACUGAUAGCGUUUUAACUACUUUGCAGAUAUGAAACAAUCAUAAUAUCAGUCAAAAAUAUAAAAUUCCCAGUUUAUGCUACAAAACCAACUUUAUAAGAGGUUUUAGAAAUAGGUUAUAUUUACUCAAUGUUCCAUGACGUACACUAAGGCAUUGUUGGCAGAAUAGAUGGAUGCAGUUCAAUGCAUGAUUAAUAUAAUUCACCAAUACAUUUCUUGGUAGUCCAAAAAAUAUUGCUAUCAGGUUGUAAAUCACAGCUGGCCUGGUACAUUGUCCAAAAAAGUAAUAGUUAGUCAAGAACACUCUAGAUAACAUGUAACCAGCUCUGCUACGGCGAGUAAAAUGGUCAGAGUGAGGUGUUGUCUCAUUUGUGUCUGGAAGUAGCUAGCUAGCAAGCUAGCCAUCUUUAGACAGUUAGCUUGGGUGCUUGGUUGGGACAGGUAUGCAUUGGCAGGCAAGCUGCAGAAGGACAAGUAGGCUACAAUUCCCCAUUGUUUAUCAAUGCAAUUUUGACAGCCAACUAGCUGAAAAAGUUUGAGAGCGUUUAUCUAAUGUUCCUACGUUAGAUUUUAGUUCAUCUUGCUCUGGCUAGCAUUAGUUGUUGAUCUUGUUGUUGUUGAUUUGCAUAACUGAGGGAGAGAGAGCCCACCUUUUCAUGGUUGUUUGAUCAAUAGGACUGUAAAGUUCCCAAAUGUAAGAGGACUCCCGUGGUGUUUACAUGUUUGCAGAAAUGAAUUCAGGUGUAUUUUGUGGCUUUUGGUGAAUGUGUUCUAAUGAUCUAAAGUUGUGCUGUUGCAACUGCCUGUAAACCCACAGUCCAGUUCAAAGUGAAUGAUGGCAGGCCCAUGUGGCAAAUGGCUUGUUUGUAUAAAGGCCUACUGUAGCUUUGAUUGGCUAUAGCACACCAGUCUGUGUAGACUCCGGUCUUGGACGAGACAGAUGUUUUUAUUCGGUUUUAUUUACAGCAGUGUCUAUUAACUGUCCAAACGUACGGACGAUUUCCCACUCUAUAUUGCUAUAGAAUUUUCACAAAUGCCUUAGUAUAUUACAUUUACAUUUAAGUCAAUUAGCAGACGCUCUUAUCCAGAGCGACUUACAGUUAGAGUGCAUACAUUUUUCAUACUGGCCCCCGUGGGAAACGAACCCACAACCCUGGCGUUGCAAGCGCCAUGCUCUACCAACUGAGCUACAGGGGACUUAAUGUAAUUCCCAAACAUUCUAAGAAUUAAUGAAACCGUGAAAAUGAUGUUAUCUAAGUGCUUGCUUGUCAGAAAAUGUUUCAAAAAGUGUCAUAUUUUUCCUGGGGGUGUAUAUGAACAGAUUUUAAUACGAAUUUAUGUUGCUAAAAUGCUGUCAGUUCCACUUUAAGAGAUACUCCUUUUUAAAAGUUUGUACAGUAUCGUUUGUAUCUCUUCUGCACUGUGCAUAUUUUUGAUAUUUAGUUUUGUUAACACGCAAGGCCUUCUGUAAGUCCAAUAAUGAAAUAAAAAGUAAUAUUGAUGUGAGUUUCACUGGUAUGCUUUCUGUACACUAAAACAAGUUGAAAACGUGUAUCAUGUAGGGUGUCCACCCACUCUUUGGUGAUAAAAUGUCACUUCCUUAUGUUAUAAGAUACAUUUUACCAAGACAAAUGAUUAUUCAUGUUCUGAAUUGUUCAGUGGGGUCUUUCUCUAGCAUAUUAUUAUUAUUAUUAUAUUAACAUUAUAUCAGAAAAGUUGGAUUUCGUAACCUAAUACAUCCGAUAAUAAGCACUGAGAUGUGGUGCAGGUUUCUCGUAACAACUUUUGAGGAUUUUACAUUUUGUGGUCGUCUUCAAAGUUGUUUCCGCGGUUCUCAAAAAGCAAAAUUGGCAUGACGAGCUGAAUUAAAUUUAAAAAGAUGCGUUUUUUAUGUGUUUUUGAUAGGACGCCCUAUAUCAUGUUUACUUGUGUCAUGUAUGAUAUUUUGAAUCAAAUAGGUGAAAAAUAUAUGGAAAUCUAAAAAUGCCUCCAUGCCACUGUCAUCCCACACCUACAGUCGUGGUCAAAAGUUUUGAGAAUGACACAAAUACUAAUUUUCAUAAAGUCUGCUACCUCAGUUUUGAUGAUGGCAAUUUGCAUAUACUCCAGAAUGUCAUGAAGAGUGAUCAGAUGAAUUGCAAAGUCCCUCUUUGCCAUGAAAAUGAACUUAAUCCCAAAAAGACAUUUCCACUGCAUUUCAGCCCUGCCACAAAAGGACCAGCUGCCAUCAUGUCAGUGAUUCUCUCGUUAACACAGGUGAGAGUGUUGACGAGGACAAGGCUGGAGAUCACUCUGUCAUGCUGAUUGAGUUAAAAUAACAGACUGGAAGCUUUAAAAGGAGGGUGGUGCUUGAAAUCAUUGUUCUUCCUCUGUUAACCAUGGUUACCUGCAAGGAAACACGUGCCGUCAUCAUUGCUUUGCACAAAAAGGGCUUCACAGGCAAGGAUAUUGCUGCUAGUAAGAUUGCACCUAAAUCAACCAUUUAUCGGAUCAUCAAGAACUUCAAGGAGAGAGGUUCAAUUGUUGUGAAGAAGGCGUCAGGGCGCCCAAUAAAGUCCAGCAAGCGCCAGGACUGUCUCCUGAAGUUGAUUCAGCUGCGGGAUCGGGGCACCACCAGUGCAGAGCUUGGUCAGGAAUGGCAGCAGGCAGGUGUGAGUGCAUCUGCAUGCACAGUGAGGCGAAGACUUUUGGAGGAUGGCCUGGUGUCAAGAAGGGCAGCAAAGAAGCCACUUCUCUCCAGGAAAAACAUCAGGGACAGACUGAUAUUCUGCAAAAGGUACAGGGAUUGGACUGCUGAGGACUGGGGUAAAGUCAUUUUCUCUGAUGAAUCCCCUUUCCGAUUGUUUGCGGCAUCCGGAAAACACCUUGUCUGGAGAAGACAAGGUGAGCGCUACCAUCAGUCCUGUGUCAUGCCAACAGUAAAGCAUCCUGAGACCAUUCAUGUGUGGGGUUGCUUCUCAGCCAAGGGAGUGGGUUCACUCACAAUUCUGCCUAAGAACACAGCCAUGAAUAAAGAAUGGUACCAACACAUCCUCCGAGAGCAACUUCUCCCAACCAUCCAAGAACAGUUUGGUGACGACCAAUGCCGUUUCCAGCAUGAUGGAGCACCUUGCCAUAAGGCAAAAGUGAUAACUAAGUGGCUCGGGGAACAAAACAUCGACAUUUUGGGUCCAUGGCCAGGAAACUCCCCAGACCUUAAUCCCAUUGAGAACUUGUGGUCGAUCCUCAAGAGGCGGGUGGACAAACAAAAACCUACAAAUUCUGACAAACUCCAAGCAUUGAUUAUGCAAGAAUGGACUGCCAUCAGUCAGGAUGUGGCCCAGAAGUUAAUUGACAGCAUGCCAGGGCGGAUUGCAGAGGUCUUGAAAAAGAAGGGUCAACACUGCAAAUAUUGACUCUUUGCAUAUACUUCAUGUAAUUGUCAAUAAAAGCCUUUGACACUUAUGGAAUGCUUGUAAUUAUACUUCAGUAUACCAUAGUAACAUCUGACAAAAAUAUCUCAUAACACUCAUAACACUAACUUUGUGAAGACCAAUACUUGUGUCAUUCUCAAAACUUUUGACCACGACUGUACAGUACACUUGGUUUCCUAAACUGUUUGUCCUGUAUAGUUUCCAUUUACAACAUAAUAUUAAGUGGAAACUGGUCAUCUUCCUUCUCCCCGUGCCCCGUAAUAGAUAAGUAUCUCCCUCUAUAUUGUAAUCUGCUGAGGCUGAUGGGAAUGUGAAGCGUCAGGCUCCAGUUUGGUGUUCUAGUGUGUGUCUGACAUCAUCGUGUACCAGGGCUGACGGCUCGUGCCCCAUCCCUUCCCGCUCUUCUCCCCCCUUCCCUCUCCUCCCGCUCCCCUCCCCCCUUCUAGCUUCUCCCCUCGCCUAUCCUCCACCGGUGGGUUGGACACCGGCCAGGCAGCCACAGCUUCAGAGUGCAGUAAUUAGGCAUGAUGUGCAGGACUUCAAAUUAAGUGACAGGAUUUACCGAAACUGUCGCAAAUUAGACCGAUUGUGUCUAACUUCUGUAACUGUGAAAACGCCUGACUGGGGCCGAGCAUAGUAUUCAGGGUCAAGGGACUAAUGUGGAUUAAUGUGAGGAGAUUAGAGAUUAUUUAACGGUCAUUCUAUUCACAUUUGGUGAAAAGAGAUGGUCAGACAUAGAUUAGUGUCUCUAGCCCGUAUUACUGAUAAAGUUCACUAUUUUACCAUCGUCUUCUGUGUUCAAAAGGACCACUUAUCUGCCCAAUGUGGAAUAGUGUCUGUAUUACUGAUUAAAAUAAUAACCCCGUUAAUUUUUUGUUUUAUAUGGUCACAUUGAUAUGAUUCAUAUUGAUUCAAGCUUUCAAAAGACAUCCACCUUUUCCUCACCUGAUAGAUGGUAAUAGUUCAGUAUAUUACCAUAUGUUUUCUUUAAAAGGGAAACCUCUGCUUGUUUCCAAAAACAUCAAUCCUUUUGUCACCUGAGCUGUAUUUUGCCAUGUACACUGUCCACCUUAUCACCACUGUCUCCAUUCUCCACUCCCUCAGCCCAGACAGACCUCUCAGCACCAGGUGUUUCUGUUGAAGGGAAACUAUAGACCUAUUUAUCCCCCAUUAACUGGUUAGAUCCUUGCCUUCCUCCCUCCGUCCCUCACACACACACACUGCCCUGGCUAUAAGUGACACACCACACACAGAGGAAGAUGUCUCUGUAAAUGUUUGUGUUUUGUGAGCCUGCAGGGUCUCAUGGCUGCAUGGUGGUGGCAUCGAUCCCCUAAGCCCAGCCCGGACACAUGGAGGGAGGUAGUAAGUGCACCCCUGCCUGCUCCCUUUUCUUUUUCUUCCCAGAACCUGGGUUGCGCCCCAAUAAUCUCUCCUUCCUCCUGAAGAGUGCACUCGUUCACUACUCCUCACAAAUAGAAAAGCAUUGUAUUGGUGUAGGCUAGAGGGAGUUUUCAUAUACCAGUCAUUUCCUUUCAAAUCCAUGGAGGGAAGUGAACAAAUGCACACUUCGGGAGAAAGGAAGGAUAGAUGAUUGGGACACAACCGUGACCUUGGGGGCGCACAGCCAUCACUCCUCAGUAGGGGGCAGUAGCACAUAAUGAUAGCACAGACAGGGGGGCUGGAGGCUGGAGAACAAGGGGGAGGGGUGAAGAUGACACUUAAACAUAACAAUACCACCUGUUCCCUCACUAACGCUCACGGCCAGGCACAGUCAUAGUGUGUGUCCCAAAUGGCACAUAAUGAUAGCACUAUGGGCCCUGGUCAAAGGUAGUGCACUAUGUAGGGAAUAGGGUGCCAUUUGUAACAGUUACAGUAGUGGUAGGGGGUGACAGUGUUUUGCGGUGCCCGACUGCGGACGUUGAUUGACCUGUGUUUUUAUCCAGUGCCUGACUGCAGGUGGGUGUCUACAUGCUUUCCGUGGCCGGGAUGAGGAUGAGGGGGACACACACCCACUGUCCGAAACACAUACACCAUCUGCAGCACACACACACACACACACACACACACACACACUGGAUGGAUACAUGCUGAAGCGUGACUACCUCCCAGCAGUUGUAUAACCACCUCUUGUCCCUCCUGAAGCACCAGGCCAUGAUAUGGAUGUCAGACAGAUAUAGACAGACAGACACAGCCUCAUAA